AUGAAGUCGCCGUUAAACCUGUCCUCACAAUGGACAGGAUAUUUAGUUCUGUUAUCAACAUUUGGCAGCUUAAUUACACCAGCUGUAACUGUUAAACAUGAGAAUUUCAAAACAUGCAAUCAAUCUGGAUUUUGCAAACGAAACCGAGCAUAUGCGGAUCAAGCAACGGCAGUUGGAGAUAACUGGAGCUUGCAAGCUCCGUAUCGAUUGAAUUCGGAUUCAUUAACCUGGAAAGAUGGUCAACUACAAGGGACAAUCCUCAAAAUAUUAGAUGGUGGUGAAUCCGUCCGGUUACCGAUUACCAUUUCCUUCCUCGAGUCUGGAUCUGCGAGAGUUACGAUUGAUGAGGAGAAGCGUCAAAAGGGCGAGAUUGAAUUGAGACAUGACAGCAAAGCUAGAAAGGAACGUUAUAAUGAGGCUGCGAAUUGGGCUAUUGUUGGAGGCCUAACUCUGAGUAAGGAUGCAGAGUAUCAGAAAUAUCCAGGAGUUUCACACAUCACAUAUGGCCCGGAGGGCAAGUUCAAGGCGGAAGUUACACAUGCCCCAUUUGCGAUCGACUUCAAGAGGAAUGACGAGACACAAAUCAAGUUCAAUGAUCGGGGAUUGAUGAAUGUGGAACAUUGGAGACCAAAGAUUGAAAAGCCAGAAAAGAAAGAAGGCGAAGAAGAAACAACUGAGGUUCAGACUGGUGAAGAUGAAGGGACAUGGUGGGACGAAUCCUUCGGUGGCAACACCGAUUCGAAACCCAGAGGUCCUGAAAGUGUUGCUCUUGACAUUACUUUCCCAGGGUAUGAACAUGUCUUUGGUAUCCCAGAACAUGCUGGACCCUUGUCAUUGAAGCAAACUCGCGGUGGAGAGGGUAAUCACAACGAUCCUUAUCGUCUAUACAAUGCCGAUGUUUUCGAGUACAUCAUGGAUAGUGAGAUGACACUUUAUGGAGCUAUUCCUUUUAUGCAAGCACAUAGAGCUGCAUCAACCGUUGGUGUCUUUUGGUUGAACGCAGCCGAAACCUGGAUUGAUAUCAUUAAGGAGAAAGCAUCUAUCAACCCAUUAAGUGGAAAAACCGAUACCAAGACUCACUGGUUCUCGGAGAGUGGAUUACUUGAUAUUUUCGUAUUCCUUGGACCAACGCCAAAAGAUGUUACAAAAGCAUAUGGAGAACUUACUGGCUACACCCAGCUUCCUCAAGAAUUCUCAAUUGCCUACCAUCAAUGUCGAUGGAACUACGUUACAGAUGAGGAUGUCAAGGAUGUUGACCGGAAAAUGGACAAAUUCCAAAUCCCCUAUGAUGUUAUCUGGCUUGAUAUUGAGUACACUGACGGAAAGAAAUAUUUCACUUGGGACCCUCAUACUUUCGGAAAUCAUGUUGAGAUGUUGUCACACUUGGAUAAAUCUGACCGAAAACUUGUCGCCAUUAUUGACCCUCAUAUCAAGAAUGAGAAUAAUUACCCUGUCGUCGAUGAAUUGAAAAGUAAAGACUUGGCAGUUCACAACAAGGAGGGUAGUAUCUACGAAGGUUGGUGUUGGCCAGGAUCUUCUCAUUGGGUUGAUGCAUUCAAUCCAGCAGCAAUCAAAUGGUGGAAAACACUUUUCACUAAAGAUGCUUGGAAGACAUCCAACCUGUUCAUUUGGAAUGAUAUGAACGAGCCAUCAGUCUUCAACGGACCCGAAACCACUAUGCCAAAAGAUAAUUUACAUCACGGGAACUGGGAACAUCGUGAUGUCCAUAACAUCAACGGAAUGACCUUCCACAAUGCAACCUACGAAGCGAUGGUCGAGCGAAAGAAGGGUGAACUCCGUCGUCCAUUCGUCCUCACUCGUUCUUUCUAUGCUGGAAGUCAACGUCUUGGAGCUAUGUGGACUGGUGAUAAUCAAGCCGAUUGGGAUCACCUCGCAGCCGCUUUCCCCAUGAUUCUCAACAAUGGUAUUGCCGGCUUCCCAUUUGCUGGUGCAGAUGUUGGUGGGUUCUUCGGUAACCCUGAAAAGGACCUCCUCACCCGUUGGUACCAAGCUGGUGCUUUCUACCCCUUUUUCCGUGGACACGCACAUAUCGAUACCAGAAGGCGCGAACCUUAUCUCGCAGGUGAACCAUACACCGGCAUCAUUACCCAGGCUCUCCGUCUCCGUUACGCGCUUCUCCCUGCAUGGUAUACCGCUUUCCAUGAAGCUAGUACCGACGGAACUCCCAUCAUCAGACCUCAUUACUUCGAAUACCCUGAAGACGAAUCCGGAUUUGCUAUCGACGAUCAAUUCUUCGUUGGUAGCACAGGUCUUCUAGCCAAACCCGUCGUGAAGGAAGGUGCCGAAAGUGUCGAGAUUUACCUUCCAGAUAAUGAAGUCUACUACGACUAUUUCGACUACUCUAUUCAUACCGGCGCUGGAAAAACAACUGUCGCAGCUCCUCUCGAAAAAAUUCCACUUCUCAUGCAAGGUGGCCACAUCAUCCCACGUAAAGAUCGCCCUCGCAGAAGCUCCGGAUUAAUGAAGUGGGAUCCAUACACGCUCAUCCUUGCACUCGAUAAGAACGGCAAAGCUCACGGAGAACUUUAUGUCGACGAUGGUGAGACAUUUGAUUACCAAUCCGGUGCCUAUAUCCAUCGUUCAUUCACAUUUGAAAAUGGAAAGUUGAGCAGUAAGGACAUCGGAACAAAGGGGAAGUUAACAGAUAAAUACUUGAAGAGUAUGAAGAACGUAGGUGUUGAGAAGAUUAUCAUUGUCGGUGCUCCUAAAGCGUGGAGUGGAUUGGAGACUGUGAAGAUUGGAAGCGCGACAGCAGAACUUUCAUAUCACCCAGAAGAAGGAAAGAAGGCUGCAUGGGCGUUCGUUAGAGCGCCAAAGGUGGCUAUUGGGGAGGACUUUGAAUUGGAGUUUGCCGAAGCUGGGAAGACUGAGUUGUAG